UCGUCAAGUUCCGGUCCCUCCAUCUUUGACAUAUAUAUAAAAGCCGGCAGAGGAAACACUGUCAUCAGUGUGUGUUGACCAACAAAUUCAAUAUGUUGCGGUGGUUAUCAAACGACGACCGUCUAAAGAAAGAGCCAGAGGUGUACGCGAAUGUAGUCGAGGGGCUAAAGAAAGUCUACAAGCAGAAGUUACUGCCGUUAGAAGAGCACUACAAAUUUCACGAUUUUCACUCCCCGCCCCUCGAUGACGCUGAUUUUGAUGCUAAGCCUAUGAUUUUGCUAAUCGGCCAGUAUUCAACGGGUAAAACUACAUUCAUCAGGUACCUUCUGGAGUCCGAUUUCCCUGGAAUAAGAAUUGGCCCUGAACCAACAACGGAUAGGUUUAUAGCUGUUAUGUACGGUGAACAAGAUGGCAUGGUUCCUGGAAAUGCGCUUGUGGUUGACACCAAGAAACAGUUUCGUCCGCUUUCGAAGUUUGGCAACGCCUUCCUCAACAGAUUUCAGUGUUCCAGUGUAAAGAAUUCAGUCCUGGAUAGUAUUACAAUUGUAGACACACCUGGAAUUUUAUCUGGUGAGAAGCAAAGGGUUGACAGGGGAUAUGACUUCGCAGGAGUCUUGGAAUGGUUCGCUGAGAGGGUGGACCGGAUCAUCCUGCUUUUUGAUGCGCAUAAACUUGACAUUUCUGAUGAAUUUCGUAGAGCAAUAGAUGCAAUCAAGGGCUAUGAUGAGAAAAUUAGAAUCGUAUUGAACAAAGCUGAUAUGGUUGAUCAUCAGCAGUUAAUGCGAGUUUACGGAGCCUUGAUGUGGUCCCUUGGAAAAGUGCUCAAUACACCCGAAGUAGCAAGAGUAUACAUUGGAUCAUUUUGGGAUCAACCACUACAUUAUGAUAUGAACAGAAAGCUUUUUGAACUAGAAGAAACAGAUCUGUUUAAAGAUUUGCAGAGUUUACCCCGAAAUGCAGCCCUUAGGAAACUGAAUGACCUCAUCAAGCGAGCUCGACUUGCCAAGGUCCAUGCUACGAUCAUCAGUCAGCUAAGGAAAGAGAUGCCGUCCAUGUUUGGAAAGGACUCCAAGAAGAAGGAACUCAUCAGCAAACUGGGAGACACGUUUGCCGCCCUACAGCGAGAGCACCAGAUAUCUCCCGGAGAUUUCCCAGACAUCAAACGCAUGCAGGAUCAACUCCAACACCAUGACUUCACCAAGUUCCACACCCUCAAACCCAAGCUGGUGGAAACAGUGGACCACAUGCUGGCCAAUGACAUCUCUCGGCUGAUGCAGAUGGUGCCUCACGAGGAAAUGAUGGAGAACUCAGAUAUCGGUAACGUCAAAGGGGGAGCCUUUGAAGGCUACAAUGAGAGUCCUUUCGGGAUUGGACGAGGAGAAGGUGUUGACAAGGGUCGUGGCGAGCAUGAAUGGGUUGUCAGUCACGAGAAGUAUGAAUAUGAUGAUGCAUUCGAGAGGUUGAACCCAGUCAAUGGAAAAAUUACUGGUGCUGCUGCCAAAAGUGAAAUGGUUAAAUCCAAGUUGCCUAAUUCUGUGUUGAGUAAGGUAUGGAAGUUGGCAGAUGUUGAUAAGGACGGAAUGCUUGAUGCUGACGAGUGGGCAUUGGCCAAUCAUUUGAUAAAGAUCAAAUUGGAUGGGCAUGAUCUUCCAUCCGACCUCCCCGAGCAUCUUAUUCCACCAUCCAAGAAGAAAGGAGGGGAAGAAUAAAAAUGGCUGUUGCGUUAGAGUGUAAUCUGACCUUGAACUUUAACACGAUGGCUUGUGUCUAACAACUCUCCUUCAAGUGUUGUUUGUGUUUGGGUUCCGACAUUAACACCUCUUGUGUGUGUUGCACACAUCUUGGAUUGAAGAAGUCUGUGAUGAAACAUGUCUGACCCUAACCUCAUAGUGGUCGAUCUACUUCCAGUGUUGGGGAGGGGUGUAACGAUCUACUGAUUUGAGAUAGUGCCUAUCCAGUCUCAACAUAAUGUCAUCCUUCUGAUUGCGUCUGUUUCUAAAUUUGGGUUUAGUGGUACAAUGAUUUAAUAAAUGGCGACACAACAGACCUUGAUACCUUACAUGAUACAGCAUGUUGGUAUUGCUUUUACAGAUUUGUAGCUUUACAGAAACACAAUUGAUAAAGAUAUUUGAUCUAGUGCUGGCUGUACAAAGGACAUUUCAUUCUACAAGCCUUGUCUUCCAUCAUCGUUUUGAACAGAUUAAUAAUUAUUGACAAUCAUAAGCUUGGCUUGAAAUUCACUAGACACAUUUUCAGGUAGUGGUAUAGGAGGACAAUAUCAGGGUUAGAACUAAACUAAAAAGCUUUACUAGCCCAGGUAAAUAUAAAUGCCCUUGUAAUGUUAAAACAAUGGGGAAAUGUGGACAUUUUUGCUUGCCCGCAGAAAUUUGUACUAGCCCCGGGCUGGCGGGCUAGUGUUAAGUUCUUACCCUGGAGGUAAAGGCACUGACACUACAUAUCACACUAAUAUCUGUCACUGACACUGUCAUUUCAUUUGACUCAUCCACUGGAGUAUUAUACAUGACUGAAAUUUCAAUCAACGUGGAAGAAUUGAAAUGAUGGAAGUUGAAGGCAAAUGUCAGUGAAAUUUGAUAAAGUAAUGUUUGUCGUAACAGAGCAAACAGAGGCAUGAGGUUAUGACUCCUAUCUCUACUGAAGCCUAUUGUUAUAUUCGUUACACCCCUAGCGUUGUAUGGAAGCCUCUGUCAUCCUCGUCACCUUGUCCCAGGGCAGCACAUCUGAGUGUCAUGUUCCUGUACACGACAGUCUGCUGCAGUGGAACAGGCACACCUUGGGCGUCAAUAUCAUGUCGAUUGCAGCACAUUGUCAAAAUACGCCCUUGACUGCAGCACUGUUAAUGUGGUGCAGGAAUACUUGUCUUGUUGAUUUCACUUUUUAUUGAGGGUCAGUUUUAUACAAAACACUAUCUGUCAUUACUUGCUAUACUUGCAGCAUUAAAGGGGACUGAUGAUGCAGGCCACAACAGGAAAUAUGUGUUUCCAAUUUUAUCUAAAAAUGGGUAGUAGCGCUCAUCUUCCCGAGGCAAGGGAGGUAACUGACUAUAAAAGUACAGUUUCCACCCUUGCCGAACUAGGCUUGAAUUAUGGAGUUAUAUUUCAGCUGGAUUAUCAAAUCUAUGCAUAGUCCAGCAAAAUUGCGUACCGAAAUUGUAAACUGCAGUGUAGAUUUUGGUCGAUUGCAGGAUUUGCAAAGCAUGUGUACAGUCUACCGAUAUUUUCCAAAUCAUUUCAUGUCUUUAAUCAAGGUGCUUAAAUGAUUUGAUGCACUUCGCGAAGUAAGACCCGUU